CGGUGCUCUGCAGCUCAGCAUAAUGGAAGCCGCCCAGUGGUAAACGGCCUGAGUGGGACAUCUUCAUUAAUCCACCAUCUUUGAUGCUCUUCCACCCGGAAAUAAGCAGCAUUUUUAAAGAUGGCGGAGCAAGGGCCAAUGGCGAUAGCUAUGCGGCUAAGAAAUCAACUCCAGUCCGUAUAUAAGCUCGACCCUUUACGAAAUGAGGAGGAAGUCAAGUUGAAGAUCAAAGACCUGAACGAGCACAUAGUGUGCUAUCUCUGUGCUGGGUACUUCAUCGAUGCCACAACUAUUACAGAGUGUCUGCAUACAUUCUGUAAAAGUUGUAUUGUGAAAUACCUCCAAACCAGCAAGUAUUGUCCAAUGUGCAACAUAAAGAUCCACGAAACACAGCCUUUAUUGAACCUGAAAUUGGAUAGAGUGAUGCAAGACAUUGUCUACAAACUGGUUCCAGGACUUCAAGAAAGAGAGGACAAGCGAAUUAAAGAAUUCUAUCAGUCGCGUGGGCUUGAGAGAGUUGUCCAACCCUCUGGAGAAGACUCCAUACCAGAUGCUACAGGAUUACCUUUCACCACCUUUGACCAUUCCAAGGCCCACUUUUACAGAUAUGACGAGCAGGUUUCGCUUUGUCUAGAGAGGCAAAGUUUAUCUCUGUCUGGAAAAAAAGAUAAGACAAAACUGACUCUUCAGCAGAAGUUUGUGCGCUGCUCGGUCCGAGCCGAGGUGAGACACCUGCGUAAAGUGCUGUGUCAUCGACUGAAUGUGGAGAAGCACCAGGUCCAGAUGUUUUUCAAUAAUGAGUUCCUUCCAGAUCACAUGACCAUGAAACGGCUGUGGCUCUCUCACUGGUUUGGCAAGAUGAACGUGGUACCUUCAGGCCUUUGGAAAUUGCUCCCAAGGAUGAACCAGACUUGGAGGUCUACGAUUGUUUUUCUGAGGACUUGGCUGAUUUCUUUUGAUUUCCCCAUGAUGUCAAGCAAAGAGGCAUUGAGUUUGAAGACAUACAGACACACACACGAUGGAUGUUUGCCUGUGAACAUGGCAUCAGUAGACCCAUACAGACAAAGAGAAGUGGGACAGAUCAAAGGGAGGAACCACACUGUCGCCCCCUCCCAAACGGAUGCCGACUGAUGAGAAAAUAUGGGGCGGUUGAGCCAAAGCCCCUUUAUUAUUGGUUAAAUGUGGGGUGAACAACCAUAGUCUGAUUCAAUUUUCAAGGUUUUGCUUUCUCAUGUACAAUAUUGCUCUUGGAAAGUAAUAUCAACGGUGUAUAUGCUGUAUGGAUAAUGUACACAACUAAUUCUGCAUGUUGUCCGUAAAGAUCAUUUCCAAUUGGCCAAAAAAUAAAAACAUUGAUAUACUGAACUAGGUUCAAUGAAAAAACUCUUAUAACAGAGGGAUCUUUGGAGUUCAUCAUUAGUUAUUAUAUUCACUGGCGAUUAAAGCUGUGUAUCAAUGUCAUUCACAAAUUGGAUGUUAUUAACCCCAUGUUGACUGCCCUGAUUGUCAGUUGCUCUGGAUAAGAGGGACUUAAAUGUAAAAUGGAAACAUAUUAAAGAUGAAGCAGAUGUGCCACUGUG